AUGUCGCAUAUUAAUGGCCACGGAGCCAAUGGGAAUGUGUUCACUCGAGGCUUUUCGACUCACAAUGACGCUGUUCCGUCGUAUUCAUAUCCCUUAGGCGCAGCGAAAGCUACGACUACUGGAUACCCUUUGAAUCAGAAUGAGUUCGCGGAGCCGAGUGAUAGGGGUUUUGAUGGAGGAAACGGCAUGGGAGGAGGAGGCGGUGGAGGUGGAGGAAGAGGUAGAGUUUUCGGUGGCGAGGAAGAGAAUAAGCAGCGGUUUGAGGCUCAGGGUCCGAGAGAAUCAAGUCAUUGCGUGGACGAAGGAGCAGCGGCCACGUGGAUUUAUCCUUCCAAUCGCGAGCUUCGCCAGUACCAGUACGAAAUCGCGGAGGCAGCUCUCUUCGCCAACACCCUGGUCUGCCUUCCAACAGGCGUGGGGAAAACCCUCAUCGCCGCCGUUGUCAUGGCCAAUUACUACCGCUGGUUCCCGCACGGUCAGGCAGAUGGCGCGGGAGCAGCGGGCGCAGCACUGGAGGGAGUAAAGGUGCUCAUUUCCGUUUUUUUCCUAGGAGCAUACUCAUUCACUGCCCCCUCCACUACCCCCCAGGAGCACACGAUGCACAUGACGGGGCAGAUGGCGCGGGAGCAGAGGGCGCAACAUUGGAGGGAGCGGCGCGUGUUCUUUGUCACAGGGCAGGUGCUGCUGCAGGACAUGGUGCAGUGGGGUGCCUGUCCGCGUGAGGCCAUAGUGUGUCUGGUUGUGGACGAGGCCCACCGUGCUACGGGCAACUAUGCUUAUGCACGUGUCGUGGAGGAGCCUCCUCUUCUUUUCACCUCUCUUUUUGCCGGUCUUGUUCCCCCCCUUGCUCCACCGCUCCCUGCCCCUGCUUCUCCUGCUGCCGCUCUCCCUCAUGGCAGCUCCACAAAGCCGGUGUUGCCUGCCCAAGGUACAGGAGCCCAGCUGCCCAAGGUGCAAGAGGUGGUGGAAAAGCUGGGCAUAUCACUCAUGAACCGCUGCCCUGCUAUGCUGUGCCGUCAACUCUACCAAUUUCCCCUUGCUCUCCCCUCUACCUCCUCAAUGCCACCAGCCCAGCUGCCCAAGGUGCAAGAGGUGGUGGAAAAGCUGGGCAUAUCACUCAUGGACCGCUGCCCUGCUAUGCUGUGCCGUCAACUCUACCAAUUUCCCCUUGCUCUCCCCUCGACCUCCUCAAUGCCACCAGCCCAGCUGCCCAAGGUGCAAGAGGUGGUGGAAAAGCUGGGCAUAUCACUCAUGGACCGCUGCCCUGCUAUGCUGUGCCGUCAACUCUACCAACUUCCCCUUGCUCUCCCCUCUACCUCCUCAAUGCCACCAGCCCAGCUGCCCAAGCUGCCCAAGGUGCAAGAGGUGGUGGAAAAGCUGGGCAUAUCACUCAUGGACCGCUGCCCUGCUAUGCUGUGCCGUCAACUCUAUCAACUUCCCCUUGCUCUCCCCUCUACCUCCUCAAUGCCACCAGCCCAGCUGCCCAAGGUGCAAGAGGUGGUGGAAAAGCUGGGCAUAUCACUCAUGGACCGCUGCCCUGCUAUGCUGUGCCGUCAACUCUACCAAUUUCCCCUUGCUCUCCCCUCUACCUCCUCAAUGCCACCAGCCCAGCUGCCCAAGGUGCAAGAGGUGGUGGACAAGCUGGGAUUCCCAGCUGCCCAAGCCCAGCUGCCCAAGGUACAGGAGGUGGUGGACAAGCUGGGCAUAUCGCUCAUAGAGUACCGGGGAGAUGACGACCCGCAAGUCGCCCAGUACAUGCACAAGCGCACCGAGCAAGUGGUCAAGGUACGCUGUGCAUGUACGCUUGCGUACAUCUGUACUCCUCCUGUUCAUGCUGUUCAAAUCGCCUCCCUUCAGGUGCGCAUGCACACAGCAGUGGCAGAGGUGGAGAAGCUGCUGCUAGCGGAGCAGAGGAGGUGCCUGGAAGCCCUCAAUCGCCUGGGCCUUGUGUCCUCAGCUCUCGUGUCUUCCAGCAAGAUGGUGUCGUCCCACCAGCUGCGCAUUAUCCAGGAGCAGCGGGAGAUCAGCCGUUCUCAUCUCACCCACUCCCACUCGCCCUCCCUCUCCCCUGCCACCAUGGCCCCCCCAGAUGGUAUCAUCUCACCAGCUGCGCAUGAUCCAGGAGCAGCGGGAGAUCAGCCGUCUGACUCUCCUACUCGUUACUCGUUCCCUCACUGCCCCUCUCCCUUCCUUCCAACUGCCCCUCUCAGAUGGCCCCUGGCAGCAGUGGUGAGGGAACAGAACAUGCACAAGGCGUUGACGAUCAUGCGUCGCACUGUGGGAGGGGGCGAGGGGGGAAAGGUCAGCAAGGGAAGGCAGGGCGGUGCCAUGUCAUCAGCUUCCACGUCAGCUGCCAGGGUUGGGCCCUCGUCCGCUGCAGCGGCUGCCAUCUCCCCGAAGCUGGUGGAGUUGGAGAAGCUGCUGCUGCUGCACUUCAGGGAGGAUGAAUCGAAGCUGGUGGAGUUGGAGAAGCUGCUGCUGCUGCACUUCAGGGAUGGUGGGUGUGUGUGGAUGCGCGUGUGCGCUUGCCACGCUGCUGCACUUGACACUGAGCAGCAGGGGGCUGCUGCUGCACACUCACCUGGGCAUCUGCUCAUCUGGGCUGCCGCUGCAUACUCACCUGGGCAUCUGCUCAUCUGGGCUGCCGCUGCAUACUCACCUGGGCAUCUGCUCAUCUGGGCUGCCGCUGCAUACUCACCUGGGCAUCUGCUCAUCUGGGCUGCCACUGCAUACUCACCUGGGCAUCUGCUCAUCUGGGCUGCCGCUGCUUACUCACCUGGGCAUCUGCUCAUCUGGGCUGCCGCUGCAUACUCACCUGGGCAUCUGCUCAUCUGGGCUGCCGCUGCAUACUCACCUGGGCAUCUGCUCAUCUGGGCUGCCGCUGCAUACUCACCUGGGCAUCUGCUCAUCUGGGCUGCCGCUGCAUACUCACCUGGGCAUCUGCUCAUCUGGGCUGCCGCUGCAUACUCACCUGGGCAUCUGCUCAUCUGGGCUGCCGCUGCAUACUCACCUGGGCAUCUGCUCAUCUGGGCUGCCGCUGCAUACUCACCUGGGCAUCUGCUCAUCUGGGCUGCCACUGCAUACUCACCUGGGCAUCUGCUCAUCUGGGCUGCCGCUGCAUACUCACCUGGGCAUCUGCUCAUCUGGGCUGCCGCUGCAUACUCACCUGGGCAUCUGCUCAUCUGGGCUGCCGCUGCAUACUCACCUGGGCAUCUGCUCAUCUGGGCUGCCGCUGCAUACUCACCUGGGCAUCUGCUCAUCUGGGCUGCCGCUGCAUACUCACCUGGGCAUCUGCUCAUCUGGGCUGCCGCUGCAUACUCACCUGGGCAUCUGCUCAUCUGGGCUGCCGCUGCAUACUCACCUGGGCAUCUGCUCAUCUGGGCUGCCGCUGCAUACUCACCUGGGCAUCUGCUCAUCUGGGCUGCCGCUGCAUACUCACCUGGGCAUCUGCUCAUCUGGGCUGCCGCUGCAUACUCACCUGGGCAUCUGCUCAUCUGGGCUGCCGCUGCAUACUCACCUGGGCAUCUGCUCAUCUGGGCUGCCGCUGCAUACUCACCUGGGCAUCUGCUCAUCUGGGCUGCCACUGCAUACUCACCUGGGCAUCUGCUCAUCUGGGCUGCCGCUGCAUACUCACCUGGGCAUCUGCUCAUCUGGGCUGCCGCUGCAUACUCACCUGGGCAUCUGCUCAUCUGGGCUGCCGCUGCAUACUCACCUGGGCAUCUGCUCAUCUGGGCUGCCACUGCAUACUCACCUGGGCAUCUGCUCAUCUGGGCUGCCGCUGCAUACUCACCUGGGCAUCUGCUCAUCUGGGCUGCCGCUGCAUACUCACCUGGGCAUCUGCUCAUCUGGGCUGCCGCUGCAUACUCACCUGGGCAUCUGCUCAUCUGGGCUGCCGCUGCAUACUCACCUGGGCAUCUGCUCAUCUGGGCUGCCGCUGCAUACUCACCUGGGCAUCUGCUCAUCUGGGCUGCCACUGCAUACUCACCUGGGCAUCUGCUCAUCUGGGCUGCCGCUGCUUACUCACCUGGGCAUCUGCUCAUCUGGGCUGCCGCUGCAUACUCACCUGGGCAUCUGCUCAUCUGGGCUGCCGCUGCAUACUCACCUGGGCAUCUGCUCAUCUGGGCUGCCGCUGCAUACUCACCUGGGCAUCUGCUCAUCUGGGCUGCCGCUGCAUACUCACCUGGGCAUCUGCUCAUCUGGGCUGCCGCUGCAUACUCACCUGGGCAUCUGCUCAUCUGGGCUGCCGCUGCAUACUCACCUGGGCAUCUGCUCAUCUGGGCUGCCGCUGCAUACUCACCUGGGCAUCUGCUCAUCUGGGCUGCCGCUGCAUACUCACCUGGGCAUCUGCUCAUCUGGGCUGCCGCUGCAUACUCACCUGGGCAUCUGCUCAUCUGGGCUGCCGCUGCAUACUCACCUGGGCAUCUGCUCAUCUGGGCUGCCGCUGCAUACUCACCUGGGCAUCUGCUCAUCUGGGCUGCCGCUGCAUACUCACCUGGGCAUCUGCUCAUCUGGGCUGCCACUGCAUACUCACCUGGGCAUCUGCUCAUCUGGGCUGCCGCUGCUUACUCACCUGGGCAUCUGCUCAUCUGGGCUGCCGCUGCAUACUCACCUGGGCAUCUGCUCAUCUGGGCUGCCGCUGCAUACUCACCUGGGCAUCUGCUCAUCUGGGCUGCCGCUGCAUACUCACCUGCAGCUCAGGGCAGAUGCCACCACACCACCAGGCCAAUUAUCCCUUUCUCCCCCCCCCUCGCUUCUUUUCCUCUCUCCCGUUCGUCCCUCCACCCAACACCCCCAGCCCAGCUGCGCAGCACAGCCCAGCAGCGUGGUACAGGUGACACGAGGGCCAUCAUCUUCUCCACCUUUCGGGACAGUGUGCAGGAGAUUGUGGAGUGCCUAUCACAGCACGAGCCGCUGCUGCGAGUGAAGCAGUUCAUCGGGCAGAGCCCAGGUAUGGCAGGCAGGGCCCAGGGGUCUGCGCGCGCGAAGGGACUUCCACGGAUAGGAGCAAGGGGAGGGGGAAGGGGAGGGCGUGGGGGAGGGCGCGGGAAAAGGGGAGAGGGAGGGCGAGAGGGAGGGAGGAUGGGAGGAAAGGGGAGUGAGCGAGGGACUGGAGGAGGAGCAGCUUUGGAUGGUUCGAACGGAAGUCUGGGGAAAAUGAGGGGAGGGAGAGGCAAUGCUGAUGGUUGUGUGGUGAAGGGUGUGUGCGGGGAGGAGGAUGGGGAGGAGGGAUGGGACGCUGAGGGAGAGGUUUUAGGAGAGGGGAGUGGGCAAGAGGAACAAGAGAGGGCGGAAGUGGAAGGGGACGAGGGGGAGGAAGAAGCAGGGGAGGAGGAGGAAGGGGGUGAUAUGGAAGUGAGGAAGCGGCUGAUGGGUCAGUCACAGAAGCAGCAGCAGGCGGUGCUGGAUGGCUUCAAAGCAGGAACGUACAAUGUGCUUGUCUCCACAACCAUUGGAGAGGAGGGGCUGGAUAUAUCCCAGGUGGGUGGGUGUGGGUUGUGCAUUGCGGAUGCAAUGCCACUUCUUAUCGCCCCUACCACACUAUUGGUGGCUGAAAGAUUUGGUGGAUCUGGUGGUCUGCUUCGAUGCAGUCUCUGUGUUGCGCAUGACUCAGCGCAUGGGGCGCACUGGUCGCAGCAGGGACGGCAAAGUGGAUAUCCUCCUCACCACCACUCCUCACUGCUCCCCACCACUCCUCGCAUUUCCUUCGCAUUUCCCUCCGUUUCUUGCACUGCACCCCUUGCCGCAAGCACAUGCCUGGUUUACUUAACUUUCCACCUCCCUUCCCUGCGCAUUCCUCCUGCUCUUUCUUUCGUCUCCUCUCCUUCUCUCCCUUCCCACCGCCCCGUUCCCCUCUCCCGCCUUCGGGCCCCCACUCUUUCAUCAUUGCUCAGUUCUGUGCGCUGUGUGUUAGCCUCCUCAUCCCCAUCCGUUGCUACUUUACCUGUUCCGUUCCCCACUCUCCCAUGCCUACACCAGCUGCCUCAUCGCCUGCCAAAGCCCACCGUUGCCAUCCUGCCUCAUCGCCUGCCAAAGCCCACCGUUGCCAUCGUCAACAUCCAGCCGCCCGCCUUCAGCCCGCCUCGCUCCAAGCGACGCCGCCCCUCGUCGUCCCCAGCCUCGCUCGAUCCCUCCACCAAGAAAGCCCGGGGGAAGAGAAUGAGUGGAGUAAGAUCAGCAUCAGCAUCAGCUUGCCCCAUUCCAGUGACCCAGCUUCUGCAGGCUGAAUCAGAUGCUCUUUCCCGGUAUCCCUCCCUGCUGAAGCUUAUCCAGCCUGCUGCUAACCGGCUAGCUGGCAGUUCUGGUGGCGGGGAGGGGAUGAGGUGGAAGCCUUUUGGGACGUCUCAACAGCAGGCUGCUAACCGGCUUGGUGGCGGUUCUGGUGGCGGGGAGGAGGCGAGAUGGAAGCCUAGCCUUACGGGGUUCUUGUCGGCGCAGACGCAGCGAAUGAGGACGUGCCAGGUGGCGCAUUCCGAUAGGUCGGAGCGGAUGUUGGUGGGGGCACUGAGGAUACUGCAGGGGAUGGGAAACGAUGUGGGUUUGGGAAGGGAUGGGGGGGCGGGAGGGGACGAGGGAACAGGAGCGGGAAUGGGUGCAGGGAUGGGAGGUAGCCUGGGGACAGGAGUGCAGGUGGGGGAUGAUGGUUGGAAUUCGUUGAAAGGAGUGAAUGUGGGAGCAAGGGGAUUUCAGGUGAGGGCAGACUGCAAAUUGGGUGGAGCACCGUCGUUGCCCAUGAGAGGAGGGCUUGAGUUGAAGCAGCAGGGCAGCGGAAGGAGGGGUGGUGUUGGAGCGAGCGUUGGAGAGGGUAGAGGCAGUGAGAAAGAGACGAGGGAGCACAAGGGAGGAGGGCAGGAGGGUGGUGAGCAGGAGAAUAGUGCUGGGGAGAGUUGUGCGUUGGACCGGGACAGUGGGGAUGGUGGGGAUGGUGGGCAUUGUGCGGUUGGUAGGGGUGGUGGGCAUUGUGAUGAGGUGGAGGGUGGUGAGAGGGAGGAGGAUGGGUACGUGGGGUUGGAGGAGUAUGAAGAGCCAACGAUCUGGAGGUACGUUGAGGGGGAGGAGGAGGGUGGUGAAGGCUUGGAACUCCAGGAUCGGGCGGGGCGAGUGGAUGGGAGGGCCGGGAAUGCCCAUGUUAUGGGUAUGUGGAGGGAUAGCAAUGCACGGAUGGUUUUUAAGGCGCCUCAAAAAAUGAAUGGGAGGGCCGGGAAUGCCCAUGUUAUGGGUAUGAGGAGGGAAAACGAUGCACGGAUGGAUACGGUUGUGCAGAAGGAUAGGUGCAGGGGGUUUGAUGUGGGCAGUGGCAUGGAAUGCUUGAGAGGAAUGGGAGUGGAGGGAGGUGUGAGGGGGGCUGAAUCAGGACCGUUGGGGCAAAAGGGUGUGUCUGCAGGUGGUGGUGCGGUUGGUUUGGAGGCAACUUGGAGACGAAUGGGAUUGGAGGGAGGUGUUGGGGCGGCUGAAUCUGGACCGUUCAAGGAGAAGGGUUUGCACGCAGCGGGUGGUGAUGGUGGCGGUGGUGGCGGCGGGGGUGGUGGUGCUGAUGCUGGUGCUGGUGGUUGUGGCGGUGCUGGUGGUGCUGCUGGUGGUGCUGCUGGUGGUGCUGCUGGUGGUGCUGCUGCUGGUGGUGCUGCUGGUGGUGCUGCUGCUGGUGGUGCUGCCGGUGGUGGUGCUGCCGGUGGUGCUGCUUGCGGUGGUGGGGAUGCAUUCGAUCCCAUUCUUCUGUCGGACGAGGUGAGUGAUGGCGCUGCAAGCCGGACGAGUGGCAGCGUGAGAGGAGCUUCCACAACAACAGAAGCCGCAGCGGCAGAAGCAGCAGCAGCAGCAGAAGUAUCAGUAUCAGCAGCAGCAGCAGCAGCAGCAGCAGCAGCAGCAGCAGCAGCAGCAGCAGCAGCAGCAGCAGCAGCAGCAGCAGCAGCAGCAGCAGCAGCAGCAGCAGCAGCAGCAGCAGCAGCAGCAGCAGCAGCAGCAGCAGCAGCAGCAGCAGCAGCAGCAGCAGCAGCAGCAGCAGCAGCAGCAGCAGCAGCAGCAGCAGCAGCAGCAGCAGCAGCAGCAGCAGCAGCAGCAGCAGCAGCAGCAGCAGCAGCAGCAGGAGCUGAAGCAGCUGAUUUGUGCAUUGCAGAACAAGGCAGAGCACAUGGUUCAGGGGUGAAGAGGAGGGGGAAUGCGGUUCACGAGCCUUAUGGUGAGGUGCGGGGGCCAGGCUCAAAGAGCGGGGAGGAGGGCGUGUGUGCAGCAGAGCAGAAUGACACGAAAGCAGCUGGAGGAAGGAAGCCCUGCGAUUUUAGCUGGGACUGGCAGGGGGGCAGUGCAGUGGGGAGAGCAGAGAGCAGCAGCAGGCUUGCGUGGGCUGUUAGGCCCUGCCGUCAGCAGCAGCAGCAGCAGCAGCAGCAGCAGCAGCAGAGAUCUGAUGUGAAUGCUUCUGGUGGGAGUAUGAAGGGCAGCGUAGGUGGUGUAGUUGCGGUUGGGGGUAGAUGGGCUGAUGGGGACAGGCAACUGCCGUGUGAGGGAGAUCGAGAGGGAGAGGGAGAGCAGGGGAGAAGCGGGAAUGUGGGAGGUGGAAGGAGGAGGCAGAGGAGAAGGCAGAUGGUGGUGAUGACACAGGAGGGUGAGGAGGAAGAGGGAAGUGGCGCUGGUCGUGGUGGUGGUGAUGGUGAUGGUGGUGCUGGUGGUUGUGAUGACUGGGAUUCGCACAGAGAAAGCAUGGCUGGGCCUGAUCCAUUGAGAGGAGAGAAAGGUGUGAUGGAAACGAAGGGCGCACAAGAGGAGACGCUCAGCUCGCCUCAGCAGCGCUCAAGAACCCUCAAGAGGCUACGGAGAGGGCCGCAGGCAGGCGGCAGUGAUGGCUGCAUGGGAAGUGGAGGCGGCAGGGGUGGCGGCAACAGGGGCAGUGAUGGUGGGGGUAGGGGCGGUAGCGAAGCAAGUGGCACGGAGAGGAGUGGCGGUGGUGGGGAGGACAGCCGAGGGGCCAAGGGAGGAAGGCGCAGGAGUGCUGUGGGUGCGAGCAGCAGCAGUACUAUUGGUGGAAGGGGCGGGAGAGGGAGAAGCAAGGCGAUGGCUCGAAGGGUGCUGGACUUCAUUGAUGAAGAGGCUGAGGAGUCGGACCGUGAUGCCACACAGGAAGGCCAAGAGGAUGCUGACGUGGCAUGGGUGGAUGAUGACAUGGCGGAUUUCAUCGUCAGCAGGGUGGAGGGAGAGGGGAGCGGGGAUUUAGGAGAGGAAGAGGAGGAGGAGGAGGAUGAGGGGGAGGAGGAGGGAGAGGAAGAUGAGAGGGAAGAGAGUGGGGAGGAAGAUGAUGAAAUCGAGGAAGUGGAGGAUGACGACGAGGAGGAGAGAGAGGGAGAAGGGGAGGGCAGUGCGGGGAGGCGUGGAGGGCCUAUGGUGACGGAGAGGAGCAUGCAGCACAUUUACCGGGCGUCACUGCUGAGCCAGCUACCCAUGGACCACUUCCCCCCACCACCACGACGCCGAAAGCACAAACAAUCCAGAACGACCGACCACGUGCAGCCAGCAGAUCAUCUGAAGCCCACUGCACAGCCCAGCAGCAACAGAGGCACAGCCACACCCUUUGACUGCCAUGCCCCAGCCUCAGCAGCCAUCCCAGCCUCUUCUCCCCACUCCUCCAACACCUCUUCCCCGCACUCCCCCACUGCCUCUCCCCACCCCACUCCCAGCCCUCCAUCCCCCCGCCGCUCUCUCCUGCCGCAAUUUGCCUCAUCCCCUCUUGGACUUGCCGCCCGCAACGCCAAUAAGAUGCGAGUCCUGCCGCCCAGAAGAGGUUCUGUGCCGCCCAGCACACACUCGAUGCCGCCCUGUGCGGAUGGUUCUGUGGCCCGUAAUCAUUCACUGCCGCCCAUUGCGCCGUCCAGUUCACACUCUAUGCAGCCCGGGUGGCAUGAAGCGGAUGCGAAGGAGGGAAUGGUGGGCGGCAGGGAGCUGGCAGAAGAGUGGAGCAGCCAUGGAGCUCAGGCCAAGGACGGCUGGCCUAAGGCGGGUUUUUGCAAUGAUUGUAUUGAAACUGUUGAUGAUUUCCAGUGCUUCGGUGUGGAUGAGGUGUUUGGGGGCAUUGAUCUUGAUGCUUUGGAGGCGGAAGCGUUGCAGAAGAGCCAGCAGAAGAAACAGCGGGCUUCAGCUUGUGAGGAGCCUGACAAUGAGGUGUUUGGGGGCAUUGAUCUUGAUGUGUUGGAGGAGGAAGCGUUGCAGCAGAGCCAGCGCAAGAAGCAGUGGGUGGCGGCGAGUGGCAGAGGGGGAGAGGAGGCGGAAACGAGGUCUACGACAGGGGGAAAUGCGGCGCCAGGGGGAAAUGGGGAAGAGGAGGUGGGACAAUGGAAGGAGAAAACUCUUAGUCUUGAAAAGACGGUAGCAGUGCUGCAAGCUAGGGUACAGGAGUUGGAGAGAGCAGUGGAGAAGGAGCGGAAGGAGCGCGCGGCGGAGCGGACAGGGCGGAUCCGCGCGGAGCAGCAGCUGCGCAGCCGCCUCCUCGCCCCAGCCGCCGCUGAGCCCGAGUCGCCUGUGCGCGCGCACGGCGCGCUCGCUGCCGAAUUGCCUGAGGAAGGCGGCGCGCACGGCGAUGCACGCGACGGCGGGCAUAGCGAUGGGCAUGGCGACGGCAAUAGCGUUUCAGAGAGUGACGCUAGAGACCAGUCAGAGGGCUGUGACGUGGCAGUGACUCAGCAUGGGCGUCAGUCUACAGGGGAACAGCACGGGCAGGAAGAGCACGGGCACGGGAGUGUUGGGCUCACCACGUAUCCUAUGACUCCCAUUGGCGUUAUCCGCUCCUGCUUCUCUGCCAGGAACGGCACGCCACGUCAGCCGCUGCUCGUGCCAGCAGCGCGGGCCUAUCUGGAGCUGCCACGUGGAGGGGUGGCGCCGGCAGCACUGCAGGGAUUGGAGGGGUACUCGCACUGCUGGCUGCUCUACGUCUUCCACGCCAACACGGACAUUCAGCGUCUCUGGUCCGACCCCCACUACCGCAAGUUCCGUGCCAAGGUUCGAGUGCCGAGGCUGCAGGGGGGUAAGCUGGGAGCGCUGGCGACGCGCACACCGCACCGCCCAGUGCCCAUCGGGCUGAGCAUCGCCAAGGUGGAGCGUGUGGAGGGGCGGCGGGUGUUUCUGUCGGGUGCUGACUUGGUCGAUGGCACGCCCAUGUUGGAUAUCAAGCCUUAUCUGCCCUACUCGGACGCCUUGCCAUCUGCCACGGUGCCACGUUGGGUGGAGCCAUCAGGAGAGGGCGAUGGCAUGCACAUGGCAUCUGUCACCUUCCAUUCCGCCGUCUCCACACAGCUUCAAGAUGCGUGGUCGUCGCAGAGCCACCGUUCGUUAUACUCACACCCUGAUGAGCUGCAGGAGCUGUGCCGGCAAGUGCUGACGCGAGACAUUCGCAUGCCAGCAGGGGCUGAGAGUGCAGCAGUUACUGUACCUUGUAACGCAGGAUUUCACGACGUGGCACAAGUGGCGUCAGUUUCAAGCUACGACCCCUCGGAGGAUCGAAAUGGAGAAGCUAAACCUGUGGGGGGUGCUGAUUCGGCAAGCCUAGUGUACCAUGUGAUUUUGGAUGGAAUAGAUUUCAGUAGACAUGGCGUAUCACCUGCUGUACCGGUGUGCUGCUCCGCGAACCCGCACACCGGCCCGUCCACGUCAGCACCUACCACGUCGGCAUCAACCAUGACAUCUGACGACGGAGAAGCGGCUGCGUUCCGGCAGAUGAGUCCAGAGGAGCAUUGGUGGUGGGGCACCCCUGAAUACCUCAUGGGUAACUGGCACGGCCAAUGGCGAUCUUGGAAGCCGAUGCAAUCAACGGACGAGAUCAGAUCCAUGAAGUCUGUGCGGAAAUUGUGGGCCACGUCACCAGACCUCACCAGCAUCGCCCACAUGAACGACUGGUACGACCGCCAGGGCGACGUUUCCCCGCAGGCCACCAACGUGGGCGUGCAAUGGGACAUGUCACUCGCGGAGCACAGCCUGCCAGACGGCUUCUGCCACGUGGCAGCCAGCAACUCGCGCCGCUUCACCGUCAGCAGGAAGGCGGACGGGAUUUGGACGCCUCUGGAGGUGGCAGAUGGGGUGGGCGGCAUCAAGCUUCCGUUUUUGGUCGAAUUCUUCUUCUCGCACUCCCCCACGUCUCGUCUCGGCACCAUGGUUGGAUUCGAGUCCGACGGAGCUUUCCGGGUAUCAGUGGUGGUUGAGGAGUCGCUAGACACCAACGAACGCCGCCCCACGGACUGGGUCUGGCCCACGUGGGGCCCGGGCGGCGUCCCGUCCCAUCUGCCCGACCACCUGCCGCCCCUUCCGGCACUAGAUGACAAAACAGUGGUGGGAACUCGCACCACUCUGACUCGCAACCUGAUGGUUCAGGAGCGGGAGAACGUGUCCUGGGCGGAAGAAUGGAGCCCUAAAAGCUCUGCCGCUUCUGCAGCCAUUGCAACAGCAGCAGCAGCGGGAAAUAGUGGUGAAGCAUCCUCGGCUGGAGGAGGUGCACCAGAAGCAACAACAGCAGCGGCAGCGGCUGGGUUCAUGGGCCGAGUGCCACAAGGCGAUGAGGAGCGGUAUGCGGUGUUUGCUCUGCCCCACGGGGUGGUGGUGUGCGCCCCGCGCUCGCUACAGCUGGUGGCAGGGAGGCCGUUUGUGCUGUCAGUGUCGUGGUUGGUGGGAGAGGUGGGCGAGGGGGUUGCGGGUGCAGGGGAGGUGAAGCGGAUCACUGCCUCUUGGGGGGCUGAUGGGGGCUUUGAGCGGAUAGAGGGGGAGUGGUACAGGAGAGAGGCAUGA